AUGGCGAGCGCCGUUUUCUCGCCGAAACGAACCACAACACUCUUCUUGCUCUUUUAUUGCACGCUGUGCGCUCCUUUUCUUUUCCUUCUCCCCCUCCACGUCGUCGCAAGUGAGGAGGUGGUGAUCAACGAAGCAAACCCCUACCGAGAAGCGCGUUUCACCAUUCCGGAUGUCGUAACCACCCUUAACGACACCAACUUUGACGAUCACGUCUUCCCGAGCCGUCUUCAUAGCACAAACUCAGACCUGGUAAGGGGACCAGGUUCCGCGCAGGCCUGGUUGAUCCUUAUCUAUUCCCCCUGGUGUGAUCUCUGUAAAGGGAUGAUCCCACAUUUCCUGAAUGCCAGCCUUUUAUUGGCCCAAGAGGAAAGCCAAACGGAAAGGCAUGAAGGAAAGGGCGCGAGGCGGCGUCACGCCCGAAUGGGCCUUUUGGACGCGUAUGCCAACCUCGAACUGCGGCAUCGGCUGCGGGUGCUUUAUUAUCCUACCUUACUCUACACCACAGGGCGACCUUCGCAUUGGGAGGAAUACCAGGGCGAUCACACCACCAACGGCUUCUACGACUUCGCACGGGCGUUGCAGCGGUCGGUCGAACGUGGGGGGUUCGCGGAGGAUCUCACAUCGGUCGCGCGUUUUCACGAGGCCGCCACAGAAGGAGGGGGGCGUGUGGCGUUUUACGUCUUCGUUCCCGCGGAUUCUCCCGGCGGGCAGGGGAAUUCCGAUGGCUCGGAUUGGGCGGCCGCUAUCGAGGGCGUCGUCAGCCUCGCGAACACCCGUUUUGGGGUGAUUUUUGAGCGCGAGAUGGCGGCGGAUUGGCGGGCGGCAGGGGGUGCCGCGUAUGUGGAAGUGGUUGAAAUGGCAAAGGCGUGUAAAGUGGCCGGGAAGGGAAAUGGGCCCGCUGGAGAAGUGCUUGUUUCCGUAUCGGAUCGUUUUCGUCGCCCAAGAUGUUAUGCGGGGUCGUGGCUCGACCCCCCAGUAACCCCCAACGCCCCUCCCCAAACGAGCGCGCAGUUGAAACAAUACCUCGUCGUCAACGGCUUUCGCGCGGUGGAGGAGCUCAGUAGCUCCCUAUUGACCACCCUAGAGACACAAAAGCGCAGCCUCCUCGGGUUGGUAUUCACCGAUGGUGGGCUCCACCCGAACGACACGAAUUACCUUCCCGUGCUGCGAGAAAUCGUUCAAAAAGGAAAUGCGGCUCUCGACGCGAGGAAUUUAACCCUCGAGGAGGAGUUGAACACCCUCCGAGUAGUCUGGGCGCAGACCGAUGGUGCCAUCUACGAUCACUGGCGCACGCGGUAUCAAGUCGAGGCGAAGGAGAUGCCAGCGUUUCUGAUUGUGGAUCCCCUACGUGCUCGGAUGUUUCGCGUCCGCACCCGCGUUCCAGAGCUCGAGGCGAUGAAACUUCAAACCCCAUGGGAAGUAGGGGGCGUGCAACAACGCAUGUUGGAGCAAUUCAUCGAAGAAGUGGUCGCCGGAAAGUACUACGGCGAGAAGCUUUCGCUGGCCGCCACGCUGGCCGAGUGGCUUACCCACGUGCCCGGCCUCGAAUGGGUUUACUCUCUCGUUAGCUACGAUGACUACGGGUUCUUGAUUUUGCUAUUCUCGGUCGGAUUCCUUAUCUUCCUGUUGCUCAUCGCCCUCGUCGUUGAGCCACUCGCGACGCAAUACUUAGAGCGCAAGAAGAAACUGAAGAUCGACUAG